CUCUCUGCGGCAGGGGCAGAGCCAGGAGGCGGGUGGGAACGAGGCGUCCGGUGGCCCCGCCCCGCAGGGGCAGGGGGGGCGGGGGAAGCGAAGCAUCUUGGGCCCCUCCUGCCCCCGCAUGGAGGGGACCCCGGAGGGCUCGGCGCCCGAUCUGCGGGACGUGGAAGGCAAGGUGGGACGGAAGACGCCCGAGGGGCUGCUCCGCAGCUUGCGGGGCGAGGGAGAGCCGGUCUCGGCGCUGCUACCGCCUCCCCGAGGAGCCGAAGCCGGCCAUGGCCCCGGCCCCGGCCUCGGUCUGGGCGACAAGGUCACGGCGCUCAGGCUGGAGCUGGCUUACCUUCGAGCCACCGACGUGAAGAUCUUGCAGCAGCUGGUCAUGGUGAACGAGGGCAUCGAGGCGGUGCGCUGGCUGCUGGAGGAGCGGGGUGCCCUGGCUAGCCGCUGCAGCAGCCUCACCAGCAGCCAAUACAGCCUGACGGGGGGCAGUCCGGGGGCCUGCUCCCACCGAGGCAGCUGGGAGAGCCUGCCUGACCCUACCCCCACCAGCACCACAGCCGUAGACCGGCUGGACAGCGUCUCCAUCGGCAGCUACCUGGACACGCUGGCCUCAGGGGCUGAGCCCGACGAUGAGGGGCUCCUGGAGGCCGGCCCCCGGCAUACUCCCCCUAGCGUGGCCUGGGCAAAGGCGUCUCCCUCAGAGGAGAGGCCCUGGACAGAGGCCGACUCGGUGUCGGGGGCCAGGUUGGGGCGGAAGCCUCCUGGAGAUGAGGUCCCUGAGGCUGCCAGGACUGGCCUCGGUUAUGGGGCCCACUGGUACUGGGGACAGUGCCAGGACGACGUGACAUUCUUGUAGCAGCCCCACAGGCCUCUGCUCUCUCCCGAGUCUGUCCCCUUUUUCUUAUUCUCCAACUGGGGAGAUAGCUUGGGUUCAGAGAUUCCUUUUGGCUUUAAAUUUCAAUUGAAAAUCUGAAGACUUAGGGAAAGAAAACUAGACCCCAAGAUGUUCCUCAGGCCAGCCUCCCUCUCCCCAACUCUUCCCCAGUAAGAGGCUGUCUCCUAUGUCUCCCUCCUUCGGGAAGACAGCCAGAUGGCAACCUUGGCCUGGUGAAGGCCCUGCCCGACUUAGGAGAGGCUGGUGGGAUGGCCAUCAGAGAAGGAGUAACAUUGCUCGCCCUUCCAAGCCAUUAGAUGGUGGUGGGAGGAGUCGGGGUGGAAGUGCCUCCCCUUUCCCUACAAAGUCAUCUAGAUUUUUGAGUGACAACUCCCCUCUUCCCUGCAUCAGGGAUAGCAUCACACUCUGUGGAGAAGGUAGGAGGCCCCACACCCACCACCUGAGAGCUACUUCUUCCCAUUGACUUAGGAUCAGGAGACCAGACUGGGUCAGCAUCACCUCCUAGUGGUCAGGCUUUUCCUUGGCCUUUCCUGGGAGUGACAGACCCUUCCUUUCCAUGAGCUCUCUGGAGAUUUCCUAUCAGUGUCCUUUCCUCUUGGUCUCCACCUCAUCACUGUUGGGGAAGAACCUUGUGCUAGUAUUCCCCUCGCUCUCUGCUGAUGGGCAGGGCGGAGGUACAGAAUUCUGCCCCAGUGGUUCAGCCUGGGAUGUACCUGAGCUUCCUCUUCUCCCGCCACCCCGUACCCCGAUUGUUGCCAAUUCAUGACCCUUGAUCUCAGUCCAGUCUCAGUGCUUGAGCCUCAGAGUUGGGGGGAGGGAGGGUAAGGUUAUUUGAGGAGAGGGGGAGGGAAGAAGGCCCACAAUACUCAGUUUCAAUAAAGUCCAUUGUUGCCUGAGCCUGUUCUGCCCACAUGGCACCAGCUGCCCACUGCCCUGUCUGUCUUCUGUGCGCCUCCAACUCUGUCUCCCUUUGUCUCGGCUGCCAAGUUGAAGGUUCUUUGUCUACUUUCUCAAAGCUGAGGCUCAUGGGGUGUCUUUAUCUCUGUGAUUCUGGUCCAUUUAACACAUGUCUCUUGUUUUUUAUUCUCUGGUUUGUGUGUGUCUUUGUCUCUGAUUUGUGUGUCCAUUUGUCUCUGUCUAAUGGUUGAAGAACUCUAGGCCCCCCUCAGAAUGGUGGGAUGUCGGGGAGGGCACUACAGAUUGGAGAAAGAACCUCUGUCCAUAAAUUUCCCGUAGUGGCUUGGCAAAAGGUAAACUAAGGCAGGGGGAGAAGCCGAAGCCACGGUGCCCAAGGGAGGAUGGGAAGCCAGGAUUCAGCCUAGAUCUCCUCUCCCUUUGCUUUGAUAGCAAAUGAGGCUAAUUCUGAGUGGAGCUGCCACUGUGGAAGGGGGAAGUGGCCCAGACAAAUCAACUUGUCUUCAUGAUAGAUGGAGGAGAGAAUAAAGGAGACUGCCCUGCCAUAAACUCGGCUCCCAUAAAGCUUGACAGACUCCAGAGCCUCAGCACACAGGAGACGUCCUGACAUCCAGUCAUCAGACGCAGCUGAUGGGCCAGUGGAUAGAGCACAAAUUCAGCCUCAGAUACUGAUUAGCUUUGUGAGCCUGGGCAAGUCUUUUCAUUCCUGCCUCAGUUUCCUUCCCUGUAAAAUAUAAUCAUUGCACCUACCACCCAGGGCUGUUGUGAGGAUCAAAUGAGAUAUUAACUAUGGCAAGCACUUGCACGAGAGCUUUCCCUUUCCCCUCACUUUCCUACCCUGUUAUGACUGGCAGGGGGAUUUCUUUCCCGGGUUCUGACCUCCACUGUUGCUCCCUCUGUGGCCCAGCCAGGCCGCCGGGGCGGUGACUGCUGUUCCCACUGUGGCCCAGCCAGGCUGCUGGCAGGAGGCGGGGGCGGGGGGGGGGGGGGG